UCGUGACUAUGUAAAAAAAAAGUUUUUGUUUUAAAGUUCGUGGAUGAUUUUAUAGUUAUAGUUAAUUUUUUUUUGUGAAAAAAAUAUUAUAAUAGUGAACGUAAUAUGAAUGAAUGUUACUUGUUUAUUGUUUGUGAUUCAUAUAGAGAGAUAAAUAGUGAAUUAUGAAAUUGAAAAAUAUAUGUGAUUAUUAAAAAAGAAGUGCAAUUUCGUUCAAUUACUUAAUUACUGAAACUUAAUAAAGCUUUUGAAAAAUACACAUAAUAAAGAAAUGUCAAGCUACGGAAGCACAUCUCCCUCUGACGAAGGCUUUGACAGAUACGAGCCGCCAUUUUACUGUCAGCCGACGCAUCAAGGUAGCCCGAUGGACGGCGGCGUGUACUGGCCGGCUGUCAACGGAGAGGGUCCGGAGUUCGAUGCUCAGGACAUCUACCACGACACUAGCAAUUAUAUCGGACGGAAUUACGGGUAUGAGGAGAUGCAGGUAUCCUGCAACGAGCCCUAUGACGCCUACACAUCCAUGAUGCAUCAUACAUACACACAAAAUGGCGCUGGUCUGGACUGUGACAUGCAGAGUAUACCCCGCUAUGACCGCCCCCCCCAGUCCUUCGUAAGAGUGGUGAAGAGAAGAACCACCGCCAACAAGAAGGAGAGAAGGAGGACUCAGAGCAUCAACACUGCCUUCACCGAUUUGAGGGAGUGCAUACCUAAUGUGCCGCCGGAUACUAAGCUAUCUAAGAUGGUGCGAGCGAGAUCGCAGAGCAUCAAUAUCGCGUUCUCUAAACUCAGAGAUCGCAUACCAAGCGUUCUGCCCGACACUAAGAUGACUAAGAUCAAAACCCUUCGUCUGGCGACGUCAUAUAUAUCCUACCUUCUCAAGGUGCUGGAGACUGAUGGAGAGCCAGCAGGUGGGUUCCGUGCUGAGCUGCACCACGCGCCGCCGCGUCGGAGACACGCCGACCACUCGCAGAACAACUCAGAGAAGAAAGGCAAAGGUCGCACCGGCUGGCCGCAACACGUCUGGGCUUUAGAACUGAAAAGCGAACAGAACCUGCAAACAUAACUUGUAUUAUAAGUUAUAUAUUUUGUAAUAUAUUAUAUUAAAUUGAAAUUAUUAUAAACUAGCGGACGCUCGCGACUACGUCCGCGUGGAAUUCAAUGUAAACUUUCAAGCCCUAUUAAGGGUUGAAUUUCAAAAAUUUUUAGAUCACAUUUUAUUUCGUAUUUUUUAUAAACAAAUUUUUAAAACUGUAACUCUAAAAAUGAAGGACUUUCCAUACAAACUUUCAACUCAUAUUUCACCCCCUUCUCAUAUUUUUAGCUUCAGUAUCGAUUAUAUAAUGCCUCUUAAUUUUCAAAAUAUCUUCAGUAUGUACAAAAUGUACAGAAUUCGUAUUAUAAGUGUAGAUCCUAGAUGGCGCUAGUAGUACUCUAUGCCACGCUAACGUUUGUUGUUACAAAUGGUAUAAGUAAAAUCUCAAAUUGCGAAUAAAUAGAAUUUGUCCAGU